CCCCUUUUUUGACUUUUGAUUUGAAAAAUUAAACUUGUACCGCUUUAUUGAUACAAAUCAAAAAUAAAGUCAAUUUUGAUUUGUGUGAAACCGUUUGAAGUUACCAUCAAAGAAAUUUCUUUCAUUUCUUUCAUUUCUUUCCUUUUAUCUUUCCUCAUUUACUUAAAUCAACUUCAACUCAACUCAAGAUCAUUUCAAUUCAACAACAACAACAACAACAACACUAACAUCAUGUCUUCUCAUCCUUAUCAAUCACAACAUCAACAUUUACCUCCUAUCUCAAUCUCUGAUCAACCUAAUUAUCCACCUCGUCAAAAUCAUCCAGUUCAAUCUCCAACUAAUUCAAACGGUUCGGAUUUUGACGCUCCUUCUUUACCUCGUUACUCUUCUCCUGCUCCUCAACAUGGUCAUCCUCCACCUCGGAACAAUAAUCCCUAUCCACAACAAGCUCCACUCACCGGUCCUCGUCCUUUUGUUCAUAAUUCUGGACCACCCCAUCCACUCAGUCAUGCUACUUAUGCUGAUUCAAAUCCUACUUUGAAUGAGACUGAUGUCAGUAUUGAAAAACGAUUUGGUGAUGGUCAUUCAUCUACUAUGAAUUCUUCAUCUCUCGGUUUAGGUCUUCAUAGUGGUGUACAUCAACCGGAGAAAUUCAUCAACCCAAACCAUUCUCCACGUCUUUCACCUUCAGCUGCACACAGCAAUUCAUCCCAACUCAGUCUCUCGGCUCGAUCUGCUGUGGCUUAUCCUCCCGAGUAUGGUAUGAUGACUAAGAUCUACAGAGCUUGGAAUGGUAAUUCGAUUGGUGAUUCCGGUGUAGAUGAACGUCAUUCGAAGAAGAAACGUUUACCUUAUAUCGAUGCUCUCAAGUUCUUUGCUGCGAUCGCUGUUAUGAACGGCACUCUCUUUGAUGCAGUCUUGAGUGAAAAUGACUACAAGGUUAUUCAAAGAGAUUCACCUCUCUAUAUCUUUCGCUCUACCAAUCUUGGUAUUUGCAUGUUACUACUCCUCUCAGGUCGAUCAUUGAUUGCACCAUUGUGGGAUGCAGCCAAUCCUCAUGCCAAACUCUUGAUGAAACAUCAAGAUCCACUCAAGCCAUUGAUCUCUUGGGCUAGAUUGACUCGUGCGAUGCUUAUCCGACCAUUUCGAUUUAUUUUACCAGUCCUUGCUAUUGCGGCUCUCCAAUGGGGCUUAGCUUCAGGAGGUGAUAACCGAGCCACCAAGAACUGUAAUAAUGCAGGAAUGAAUGAACCUUAUUGGGCUAAUAUCGAUCGAUUCGCUGGUUAUGUCACUUUGGUCUUCAAUCUUUUUACCUAUUUUGAACAAGAUACCAUUGCUGGUAAAGCGUUCGGUGCCAAUCUCUGGGUUACCCCUUGGUUCUUUCAAUCAAGUUACGCUGUCUAUGUGACCCACUUUAUGUUGGGCAACUUACCAUCAAAUCGAUACUGGGUUUAUGGGAUUUUGAUGUUUUUUAGCUGGACAAGUCUCAACUAUUUUGCUCUUCCUAUCACAGGGCUUUUUAUUGCUGAUAUGGCUGCCCAUGGCCAAACUGCUCGCUUACGUAAACUAUCGGUGCCACUUCGAAUUGCCAUUCGGGUAGCACUUCUAGUUGUAGCUGCCGUUACUCAAUUCAUCCCUGUCGUUCGCAACAAUCUUAACUCUGCCUUGGCCACUGUCAACGUUCAAGCCCAUACCGAUAUCACUUUCUCAGAUUGGAUCUUUGUCACGAUUGUACUCUUCAUUGUCGAAACCUCGGAUGUCGCUCAACGUGUCCUCGGCUUUGGCCUCUUCAAGUUCCUUGGACAACUUUCAGCUGGAAUCUUUUUAUUAGCCCCAGCUGUCGUCUUCACUAUCGUUCCGGAUGUAGCAUUAAGUUUACAUAAUUCCCAAACUUAUUCAGCUCCUACUGUCUUGGGCCUAAGCUGGGCCCUAUUACUCGGAGUCUGCUUUGCUGGAUCAAUAGCCUUUCAUUUGGUGGUUGAGUGUCCUUCAAAGCUCAUUGGUGAAGUCGUUUGUGACCUUUUCGAAAGAUUAGGAGCUGAUAAAGAGCAGAUGAAGAAGGAUGCUGAGGACUUGAAGGCUUUAACUACUGGUGGUGGUCGAAAAUGAAUUGAUUACUUUCCUCAAUGAUAAUUUUCUGCUUUGAUUUUUUUUUGAUUAUCCGAUUAGGACAUUUCUUAUCGUACCUUGUCAUCGCUCAAUCUAAGUUUUUUUCCCCUUAUCCUUUUAUUCUUUUAAUAAAGAUUUUAUCCAUGAAUGAAUGAGUGCGUGUGUGUGUGUGUGGGCUUGGGUGUUUUUUUCCUGGUAGUGGUGAUUAACUCAUAAACUUUUUUUAACUCUAUGAAAAUUAGUUUUAUUUUCUUCUCUUGAUUUUAUUUCUCUCUCUUUUUUUUGUCGUUACAAGAUACAUGCAUAUCCUGGUGGCUGGUUGCAUUGUAACCAGACUAUUAUUUUCUUUUUUACAAACCCCCCCCAAAAAAAUUAACACUGAUCAGAAAAAAAAAAUCAACUUUCCUUUUUUGUUUUUUUUGUGAUGUUGUGUUUGUUUUUGUUUGCGUAGAUGAAAAUGAUGAAGUGCACUUUUUUUUACCAG